UCAUGAUGACGAAUUUAAUUUGGGUUUUUACGAGGUUUGAUCAACAAGCGAAUUGAAAUAUUCCUGUGGACCAGCUAUGUGCAUUUGAAGGAAAUGCCGAGUGUAACUGAGAUUUUCAGAUUGUUAUUUGGGCCUCCAAAAGAGCGACUCGACACAAACGAAUUACCAAGAGAAAUUCAACAGGAUUUUGAUAACCUUUAUGGAAGGGGAUCAGUGCUUCAUUUGGAGGUAGAACCUCCAGAUUAUCACGAAGAAUGGAGAAUAUAUGGUGGACAUAAUCCAGAGCAGGGAGAUCUUGAACACUUUUUUCAUUCCAGUGAGGGUGAUUUCCUACAGGAGUUUGAUCAGAUGUUUCAGAACAUUUUUGAACGAUUUCUUGGGGAUUUUAAUCCACCAUCCCAAGCCUUACCACCAGGUUCACCGUCAGAAAGGCCACAGGAAAAUUUUUCUCAACGCCCCAAAUCCCUAAGAGAUAGAAUGCUUAAAGGCCCUGAUACACCUCAUGGCAAUGAUGACCUCCCUGAUCAGCUUGGAGGCAGUCAGUUGGAUGGUCCUCCCUCUCCUCCUUCUUCAUUUUUGUUUGGUGAUUUAUGGAAAUUACCAUUUGGUGGAAUGAGGCAUCCUGAUCAAAGAGCUGACGUAGACCUGGAUAGGCAAGUGGAAAUGGGAACCCAAAGCUUGGAUGACAUCCUUGCUCCAAGGGAGAAUAACCAAGGAGGAAGGCAUAUCUCACCAUCAUCGUCGUCAUCAUCAUCAUCUUCUUUUUCAAGUGUAACUAUUAUGGAUUCAAAUGGUAUUUCUGAAACAAAAACCACAAGAAGAGAUUCUAGUGGGAAAGAAGAGGUGACAAUAACGCGAAGAAUUGGUGAUGAAUUGCACACUAUUAGAAGGAGAAAAGACAGUUCUGGGAAUGAAGAGACAGAGGAAGAUACAGUUAACGUAAACAGUGAAUCGUUUCCAUAUUUGUCGGAUGGCAAUGCCUCAAACCCACAACCAUCCUUGUUCUCCAUAGUCGAGUCUCUCAUGGAAGACUUCUUCCCCCGACGAAGGUAGCACUUUGGAAUUCCGACAGGGAAUUAAACACUUUGAAGUCUCAAAAUUCAAGCCGUUGUGGAAAUUCACGUGUAGUUUAUCACGCACAGAAAUAUCUUUUCUGGCAGUUGUUAAAUGGGAUAGAGAAACGUCGUGGUCAAACGGGAACGUCAGUUUUAUUGAAAUCGUUCACUUGUGCUGUGGGAGUUUUAUUAUCACCUAAGAAUGAUUUUCGAGGAAUGUUAAAGUAAUGUGGGAUUGCACCAGCUCUGCCUCUAUUCGCUCUGUGAUUGCUUUUUAAUUAGCACCACUUUCCCAACCAACUGGAUGCAAAACUAAAAUCAAUCGCGACUUGGUCAGUCAUUCGCGUGUUUUGCACGUCAGGAAGUUUGCAUUUGAUUGAUUCCUGUGGAUAACUUUGUUUGAUUUGCUUUUUGACUACUAUUUGAUUUCUUUGUGUUUGAUUUCACGAUGCUCAAAUGAAAAGCGCUCUAUGCAAAUACAGUAUAGUCCAAAAAUACAUAUUCCCUUGAACCCAUACAAAAUGUUUUUCUCUGUAACACACAGUAUCGUAGGGGAAAAAAGCUACAGGCUCCAAGAAAACGUCAGUUUGAGUGAGAGAACAAAAUUUUGGAAAUUGCAUAACAUAGUACUUUGUCAGCUUUAAGUCUGAUUCUCAGUCUGAUUCUCAGUCUGAUUACGGAAGCUAUCUUAAUUAACAGCUACAAGGUAACAACUUUAAAAUUGUUCUGUUUAUUAACGCUGGAGAAUUUGAUCCACCAGAAUAAAGGAAUACAGAGCAGAGUAACUAGUGA